AUGGAAGUUGUAGAUGACUGGGGACGCAAAUCCUUCAUCUCCUCUCCCGGAGAAUCCACAAUUGGUCCUUUCUUCUCGAACCCAUCAGAUUCGGAGCUCCUCUUCUCUUCUCCCGUACUCUCUCCUCCGAUUCUCUAUCGCAUCCCUCACCUAACUCCCGCGCGAUUUCUCGCCGUCUCCGGCGUCCCUCCGUCGGUUUCCUCCUCAGUUGAGGCCAAUUUCCGUAUUCCCCAUCCGAACGAUGACGCCGCUAGGGCUCUCUCCUACAAUCGCAUCCAGUUUCUACCUUUCCCCGGUAAAAAUUCCGUCUUGGUGUUUUUCCCCACCGGCAAUAAUCUCGAUCAAAUCGGCUUCCUGGCUCUCUCCACCGGAGAUUCGGGAGGUUUCCGAGUCGAAGGUGAUGUCUUUGUGGCGAAAGAGCGAUUCUUUUCGCGAAUUUUGAAGAUAUUAGUGAAACCGAUUAGUAAUUGGGGAGCGUACAAGUCUUCUUCUUCGUCUUCUUCUUCGAUCAUCGAAUUGGGUUACGUUAUGGUUUAUUCACUGUAUUCGAUUCAUUGGUACUGUGUCAGUUACGAUGAAGAAUCUCAAGAGAGCAGACCGGUUUUGAGCUACCUCGGAUUGAAGCAGUUCAAGCGUUGCUCCAUCUCUAGCGCUUCUUGGAGCCCUCAUCUUCCUGGAGAGUGUGUAGUCUUGCUAGAGAACGGUGACAUCUUCUUGUUUGAUCUGAAUCAGAGACAUUGUAGUGGUAAACUCAGAGGUUGCAAGAUGAAAGUUUCUUGGGAAGGUCAAGUGAACAAUAAGACUUGGUUAGGAUGUGAAUAUGGUUGGAAGCUUGGAGCUUUUAUCAUUGCUCGGUCUGAUGAAGUCUUUCUUAUUGAAAAAACCUCUGGAAGUUUUAGUGUGAGAUCUUUGGUUGAGAUUGAGAGUCUGAAUUUGUUUGGAAGAGAAGAGUUUGUUGCGUUUGCAAAAGCGGGUAGUGACAGUUUUAGGUUUGUUGUUGCUUCAGAGAGCUAUUUGUUCCUCUGUGAUCAGAGAUCUUGUGUGCCUUUGUUGAAAUGGCAGCAUGAUGUUGAGAAGCCUUGCUUUAUAGAUGUUUAUAGCUUGUCCGAUCUCGGGUGUAAGACCAAUGAAUCAACCUCCUGCGUUGUGGUAGGGUCGUUUUGGAAUGCAGAGUCUCAAAUGUUCUGUUAUGGACCUUCUCCGGUUGAUCCUUCUUCCUUGUGUGUGUGGGAGCUUCCGAACAAUCUACUCUUACCAGCAGGGAAAUGUCAGUGCGGAGAUUGUCUCAUUAGAGAAGAGAUAAUGAAAGAGUCUCUUCCUGAAUGGAUCGAUUGGCAGAAGAGAAGAGCUCUUGUUCUUGGUUUUGGCGUCUUAAACAAGUACCUCUCUCAGUCGGAUGAGUCCUCUGGGUUUACUUUGAUUCGGUUAACAUCCUCAGGGAAGCUUGAAGCAGUCAAGUUCCGUGCUUCAAGAAGGUUUGAAGAAGUAGUGACUCACAGAGAUUCACCCUGCGAAUCUUCUGAUGAGGUGAACUUAUUGUACUUCCCUGAUGAAGACGACGGAUUCAAGUUCCCGAAACGGUUCAAGUAUCUCGAACUCGAGUACCUCUCUGCUCACGCGAAAGGCGCUCUCUCGGAGUUUAUAGACUCGAGGAUGAGAGAAGAACCAUCUGGCUCCAAGAAGAGUGAUGAUGCUUUUAGCUUAACCUGCCAUGAGGAGUUAUGCGAGAAGCUGGGUUCUUGCGGAUUCGGUAGACACAGAGCUUCCUCUACAGUCACAGCAGUCUUCGAGAGUAUCAAUUCGGAGACUAGCGUUUUGGAGAUUGCAUUGAGAGAGUCAUGGUCAAGCUUACCAAUAGAGCUUUUGUUGCUUGCGUUCUCAAACUACUCUGAGUUAGAGGAUGUUUUGUUAGAUAAGAAGAAGACUUCUCUUGAGUUCUUGGUGGUUCCUGAAUUCCCACAGUUGCCACCGUUCUUCCUGAGGAAGCCUUCAAGCAGAAGUAGCAAAUGGUCAAAGAAGGAGCAACCUGGUGUUGACCUCGUUGGACCUGUUGUUCCACUUGACGUCCUCCUCACGUUACACGAGUUCCGUAACGGUUGUAUGAGGUCAGAGCAAGAGUUCUCCCCGGAUGUGGAGCUCUCUGACCGGUGCAACCAAAUCUCCAAAGCAGCACGCCAGAUGGCAAACUCGGGCGUAGACAAGGCAACCAUGUCACUUACCGAUGAGAUGUGUGAGGAUAAAAAGCGGUUCAUUGCUUAUUCUCCGAUCACAGAGACGGCUGGUUCAGAAGGCGGGGAAGAUCAAGAACUCUCUACGUUUGUCUCCAAAGUGCGUCCUUGUGAAGACAAGGAUGGUGAUGUUGAUGUUGAUGUUGGAGGAAGAGCAGGGCUUGAGUUGUUCGAUGAUAUGUCUCCGGUGGAGAUUUGCUUCGAGGAUCGGAGUGUGGAUUUUGAUACGAAAGCUUUGGUUACGUCCAAGACGCUUCUCGCUCAGUGGCAAGAUCGAUCUUCUUCAUUUCAAGGCUUCCUUACUCUCUACAAUCCCAAAAAAUGA